AUGGCGGCGGGAGAUGAUACCGCACCGACCGAAACACCGACCGUCACCGUUGCUCAGCUGGAGGCUCUCACAGCUCAGAUGAAGCAGAACGAAGAACGACUUGCGCAAAUCCAGGCGGAGAACGCAACCCUACGAGCAGAAAACGCGUCAUUGGUUCAGGCUCGCAAUAGAUAUCGAGCACCGGUUCCUCCUAUGCAAUCGUUCGACACUCCACCACUUACGGGUGCAACAGGAGCAGCCCUAGGAGCAGGAGCUACCGACGCUGCGCAAGGUAACCAAACAUUGGUUCCACCCCUUGCACCAACGAUGGAACAUCAAUCUGAAGACUGCAUACUAUGUUCUCAAAGCGAUUGGAGGCUAUGGAGCUCUUGCUCGCGCGACUUCCAGGAGUAG